CCAAUCAGAAAAUAUCACAUAAAGAACACUCCUCUGAAGAAACAGAAAUCCAAAAAACCAAAUCCUAGGCGACGACGAAGAGAAAGAAGGAAAAAAGAAGAAAGGGGAAAAAAUGGUGUCUUACGUAAGCGUGUUGUUGUACGGAGUGGGAGGGAUAGUGGUGGCCGGGAUGGCGUUGCUGGUAGCGUUUCAAGAGAAGCUCGUUUACGUUCCGGUUUUGCCGGGUCUAACUAAGUCUUACCCGAUAACGCCGGCCCGACUCCGGCUCGUCUACGAGGACGUUUGGCUCAGAUCCUCGGACGGAAUCCGACUCCAUUCUUGGUUCAUCAAGCUCUUCCCUGAGUGUCGAGGCCCAACCAUCCUGUUUUUUCAAGAGAAUGCUGGAAACAUUGCUCACCGUCUGGAAAUGGUACGCAUAAUGCUGCAGAGGUUACAGUGCAAUGUCUUCAUGCUAUCAUAUCGAGGUUAUGGAGCAAGUGAUGGUUAUCCUUCUCAGCAUGGAAUUAUUAACGAUGCUCAGGCUGCUCUGGAUCAUCUCUCCCAGCGGACUGAUAUUGACACAGAUAGAAUAGUGGUCUUUGGAAGAUCACUUGGGGGUGCUGUUGGAUCAGUACUCACCAAAAACAAUCCUGAUAAGGUUGCUGCAUUGAUAUUAGAAAACACUUUCACAUCUAUUCUUGACAUGGCUGGAGUUUUAUUGCCUUUCCUGAAGUGGGUUAUUGGAGGCCCGGGUACCAAAGGUCCCAAAAUUCUUAAUUUUCUUGUCCGUUCGCCAUGGAGUACCAUUGACAUCAUUGGGCAGGUCAAGCAGCCUAUCCUUUUUCUUUCUGGAUUGCAAGACGAAAUGGUUCCACCAUCCCAUAUGCAAAUGCUGUAUGCUAAAGCAGCUGCUCGUAACAGGCAAUGCAUUUUUGUAGAAUUCCCUACUGGCAUGCACAUGGACACUUGGUUAUCUGGCGGUGAUCACUACUGGAGAACAAUUCAGCAGUUUUUCGAAAAACAUGUGCCGAAAACUGGAUAUGAUAUUGAUUCCCAGAGGAGAGGUGACUAGCAGGCGUGCAAUCUUUUGGGAUUUUAUUAUUUGGCUCACACACCCUGGAUCUCAAACUUUUGUCCCUUUUCUUUUGAAGCUGCAGCUGGUAGAAGCACUCUAUAAACAUACACCCCGCUGUUGUCGUCUUUCAUUGUCUCCACGAUUUUUUUUCUUCUUUUACUGGCAUACGAAACAUAAGCUGAUUAAAAGCGAUAAAGAGAAAGAACGCGAAUUCCCGUUUAGUAUACCGUAUGACUGACUUUGAGGAACAAUCGUGUAAUACCAUCCCGAUUCUGCUGGUUCCUUUUGUAUGAAAUAAGAAAACUAUUAUAAGGAAAAAAAAAAAAGGGUUGCAGAUGUAUGGUUGGUGCUGAUAUGUUUGAUCUAUUUGCAUCUCUGUUUUUUUUUUGUAUGGGGCAAUUUGGUCUUUUAGGUGUUUCAGCAUUUGUUUUGACAAUUUAGGUUGUUUAUGUGAACUUUUUUCUCUUUUUCUGUUUGUCUUCAAUGGUAAUUUUGAACUGUUAGUUUAUAUGAAA